CAAUGUAAAACGAUGUUCAACUAAAAAGUUUGUUCAUUUCAUUUCGAGUUGCUUCUUACACAGUGACUAUAACAUGUCAUUUAUUUAAUGUUAUUUCAUUGAAUCUCAUUGAAGACAAAAUAUUGUUUGUGAAAAUGUCAGACUCUAGCAGUGAAAAGAUGGUCAACAUCAAAAGUGAAGUGAAAACUGAAGUAAAAAGUGAUGUGAAAUCAAGUACUUUUAAUCCCAUCUUUGAAUCGCCCUUUUGCAUGGAAAGAAUUUUAGAGAAAAAAGUUAAAAAGUCGCCAACACCGACCUUACCGACCUUACCGACACCGAGCUCACCACCAGCUAAACCAAUGACACCAUCAAGUCCAUCAAUAUCACCAGCACAAUCACCUGUUCAUUUACCUCAUCAACAUCACCAUCCUUGGCUCAAGCCUUUUGCAUUUACAUCUUUCUGUGAACCUCCAGCAAUCAAAUGUCAAUUAAGGAAACACAAGAGUAAUCGAAAGCCGAGAACGCCCUUUACUACUCAACAGUUACUAGCACUGGAAAGAAAGUUUCAGUCGAAACAAUAUUUAUCAAUCGCCGAAAGAGCAGACUUUUCAACAUCUUUAAACUUAACGGAAACUCAGGUUAAAAUUUGGUUUCAAAAUAGAAGGGCCAAGGAAAAGAGGUUAAAAGAAGCCGAAUUGGAAAAGUUUAAUUUCUCUCGAAGUGCACCCUUCGCCACUUUUGGUUUACAAUUUUAUCCCGCUUUCCAACAACACCAACUCCAAUCUCCACCUCCAGCUCAUAUUGUAAAAUUUGGUCAUCCAACGCAAUUCAUCAAUCGACAAAAUUUAUUAACUAAAUAAAUAAUCAUUUAAAUAUAUUCAAUAUUUAUUCUCAACUAUUAACCAAAAAUGACACUUUUUGAUUC